AUGGCUGAUGAUAGCUCACCAGAUUAUAAGGCUCUCUUCCAGAAGGCGGAAGAGGAACGAAGACACGAAGCGAAAUUACGAAGGCAGGAAGCGGAGUUGCGCAGGCAAGCGGAGGAGCGAGAGAAACAAGCAGAGGAGCGAGAGAAACAAGCAGAGGAGCGAGAGAAGCGGGAAGCAGAGCUGCGAAGGCGAGCAGAAGCGCGUACCCAACCCACAACAUUCAGGGAGCUUAUUCAAACCUGCCAUGUCCUAUUUUCUGAAUCGUUGAAGGCCGGCACGCCAACCAAGUCCACCAAGGGACAGAUUCCCACCCCCACUGGUAAAUACUAUCCGAAACGACUCUGCCUUUGGUCAGACUGCCCUGUGCAGCAGCAAAAGAUAUAUACCGAUGUCUGCAAUUAUCUUGAACCGCUAGAAAACGAACCCUCCCGACGAUUCGCGUCCCUCGCCGAGCUACACGGUCUUAGUCGGCGCUUUGAUCGCCGUUUGCUACGGAGUGAAAAGGAUUUGGAGAGUUAUGAGCGAUUUGCAGUGGAGGACUAUGUCCACGAUAUUAUCACCGAACUGUGUAAUAUCCCAGACGCCAAGCAGAGAUUCCGGCUUGGUAAUGGGGUUGCAUUUGACAACCAUGCGAAUACCUUAGACGAGACGGAAGAUGACGAUGCAAACGUGCUAGAUACGUCAAGUUCACAGCAUCCGAGGCCAGAUCAAUUUUGCAUCCAUCGUGUCGACGGCACCACGAAUACCUUGCUCACUACGGUCGAGUACAAGCCUCCGCAUAAGCUCUCCGUGGAGAACCUCCGAGUCGGUCUGCGACCAAUGGAUUUUGGGAAAGAAGUCGUCAACAAGGACAAGAUACCGAUUGAUAAGAAUGACAAACUGAAAUAUAAUGCGGAACAGCUAGUAGGCUCAGUGCUGGUACAGGAAUACCAUGUUAUGAUUCAGGAAGGACUCGAAUACUCUUAUAUUACGAACGGCCUAGCUCUGGUUCUUCUCUAUGUUCCCUACCACGAUUAUAGUACGCUUUAUUACUACCACUGUGAACCGAAAAAAGAUGCCAAUCUGGAAGAUCCCGAUGUCUUUCAGCAGCCAGUAACGGCCAUCGCCAGGGUAUUGUGUCUCUGCUUGAUGAGUUUCCAUUCUCAGAUCCGGGACCAAGCAUGGCGGAAUGCUGCUAGGUCACAAUUAGAUACAUGGAAGACGAGUUUCGACCAUACGCGAUCGCAAAUCCCUGAAAAAGAGCUCAAAGUAGUUCCCCCGGAUUCCGACUACACAAGUUCGGAAUAUACAAGCUCCGAAUACUUACCAUCGUCUCCAUUACCGCCUACUUCGGGACCCACCCGUCCAGUCCCAACACGCUCUCGAAGCAAUUGCGCGCCCAUGGAAACGACAUCGCGCGGCGAACAAACGGAAUCUUCUGACUCUGAAGCCGGCCCAGCACCGAGUCGAAAACGAGGCUUCAGCCAAAUUCUUUCUUCUCCGCCCAACCAGCGAUCUUCGACGCGUCCCGUUAACUCUACUCCUCCGUCCGGUAAUCAACACCAACACGCAGCACGUUUCUGCACCCAGCGAUGCCUGUUAGGUCUGCAACAAAGAGAUGCAUUAGAUAAUCUAUGCCCUAAUGUCCAUCUUCAUCGGCAGGACCAGGAAGAUAAUCGACAUUGUAUUGAUACCAAACGGCUGGUGAAACUACUGAAAGUACAGCUUGAUCAAGACCUCGAUCACAACUGUACGCCGUUCGGGGCUUGUGGAUCAUACGGCGCGCCGUUCAAGAUUACUUGCGCCACGUAUGGCUAUACGGUUGUUGGAAAGGGGACCACGUCCAAACUUUGGAAGGAGGUCUCCAGUGAGUCGGAAAUAUACCAAGUUCUCCAGAAGGUACAGGGAUCUGCGGUUCCAGUCUUCCUUGGAACUAUUGAUCUAAGAAUGACCUUCUUUCUCCAUGGAGCUGGAGAGAUCCGGCAUAUGUUGCUUAUGGGCUGGGGGGGUGAGAGUAUUGGAGCAGAGCAGAGGGUGACACUUCGUCACGAAAUAUCUAGAUCAAGGAGGCAAAUCCGCAAGCUGGGCGUUAUCCACCAGGACUUGAGACUGGAUAAUAUGUUAUGGAAUGAUGAACUGAAACGGGUUCUGAUCAUCGACUUUCACCGGUCUGAAAUAGACCGCCGUUCGACGAGAGAUCGGGUUGGGUCUUUGAAGAGGCCAAUGCACUUCCUGUCGAGCCAGUCAAAACGUCCUCGUCUUCUUUAUACUUGA